AAUUUUCCUUUCAAGUUCGAACGGUGAAAUGAUGUGAAAAGUCGGGAAAGUUCCAUCUUGCCGGCGCAAGCGUGUUCUCUCAGUUUUCGGAUUCGUGCUCUGAACGUCUCGGAAGUCUGGUCUAUCAUCAUAUGGAUGAAAUUCGAAGAAUUAGGUCCCCGAAAGUGGAUGCAGCCUUCACCAUCGACAUUGCAAGAUACUUCGCGUGAUAAUUCUGAUCGCAUGCUUGGACAUCGGUUUGGCUCAUAGGUUCCACAGGAUUCAGAAUGUCCCACGGGUGUUUUGCAGAAGGAUUCAAACGAACAUGUCUCUGCGAAAAGUUGUGAUAUUAGGAUUUACACUCAUUCCAGGGAGCAGAAUGGUUGAAGAAACAGGAGGGUGUAUAGAUAUUAAUGGUCGUGUCAUAUCACCUGGUUUGCAUUAUGUUCCUGGAGUUGAUACUUAUACACUUUGUAUUUGUGAUGAUUCCGUGCCAAAAUCGUGCAAAGCCAUAUUAUGCACGCCGCCACAGGACUGUAAAUCUUUUAGAAUUGAAAAAUCUUGUUGCAAUUUUGAAUGCCUCGAUGACGAAUCACAUGAUGGAGACAUUGGCUUGAGAUUGAUAGCCUGUGCAAUAACUGUAAUAUUAUCCUUAUCAGUAUUAGUUCUACUUGUACACAAAUUAAGGCAGCGAAAAACACAAGGUGUGUUCAUCAAUGAAAGAACUAGACAACUAAGGCCUGAAAAUAGAGCAAUCGACUUUAUUACGAAUGGAUAUGAAGAGGUACCUGUAUCUCACUGUCAGUUGUGGAAACCACAUGCGAUAUACUACCCUCAUCAUGGAGAAGCGCCACCCCCUUACGAGGAGGCUGUUGCUGCCGCUGAAAUGGAAUCUAGUCUUGGUCUAGCUUUUAGCCACCGAACUAUUCCGUUGAGUUUGACAGCCAAUGUACAGCAUCUACAACCAACAUCUGAGCUCCACACUAUCUCCACGUCAGUUACUCCGGAACAACCAUCAAGACUGUUAACAUACACAUCCUAUAUAGGAUUGCCUCAGCGAUUCCUAACGGUCACUCCACUGGCCACAACUGCGGAGCCAGCACCUAUCAAGUCAAUGUUCAUAAAACCUCUAGGACACAAUGUCCACAAGUUAGAAGACAAACUCAGUCCAAACAAAGAAACAGAGGUACGAAUUAAUGUCACUGACAUUGGCGGCUCAGGCAGAAACUCUAACUUGGCCACCUCUAAUACCUCAAUUCUAGGUAACAAGACUGGGAACAGAUGCAAGUCUCCUAAUCCAGAUGCUAUAAGACCCCCAUCUAUGUUCUGCUCCUUAAUAACACCGAUUAUGGAAGAGCAUGAAGAAACAUCUACAGAACUAAUUGAUCCAACCAUUUUAAUUGAAGAUGGUGAAGACUACAGGACAGAGUGCGAAAAUUGCAAUCCUACUUUGGCUAUCAGUCAAGAGGAAUACAUAUCUGAACCAGAGACGAUGACUUUACAGAGGCCGAAGCCUAGUGAUGAUGAUCUCAACAAUUAUUUUAAGGCUUCCCUCACAAUGCCAACUAACUAUCACAAAAUGAGGCCUAUCAUGAAUCAUAACCACGUCACAACUGUGAGGGAUAGUUGGUUCAACGAUCAAGAAUCUACUGACGAGUCUUCUGAAGAGUAGUCUUCGUUUCUCUGCUCUUAUAAAUAUUACGUUCAGGAUCAAAUUCAUUGUUAAAUUGAAACUAAUGGCCCCACGGAUGGACUGUUGAAGUAAAUUUGAAUGACCUCUUUUUCGUUUCUCGUAAUCAAUUUGGAUCUUUUACUGCUGUAAGUUUCUUCCUCACAAUUCCUAGUAUUUAAAUGAUUUAAGUGUUCUUAAAUUAGCUCUCAAUCAGGUAAGAAAUAUUGAAUACUGCCAAUAGUCCAAUUGGUGCUUGUCAGAUUUUUAAAUUUUUUUUUGUAUGUUUUAAUUUUUGUCUGAGCUUAAGAACUGAUUUUAGCCUUCUCAAUUAACUUUUUGCCAAGGAACCAUGACAUUUUCUGAACUCUGGCUGGGGAAAAGUUAAGGGUUUUUUUUUCUUGUUUGUUUUGAAAUUCAAAAUCGUUUAAUUUUAUUUUUUUUAUUGAACAUGUUUUUUUUUUUAUUAUUAUUAUUAUUAUUAUUUAUUUAAAAAAAACUGAGGGAGUUAAUUGAGUUCAAUGUGCAUACAAACUUUCUGGAGAAGCAAAACACAUAAUUUUAAUAUGUUACCCAAUAAACGAUGUCUUUUAAGGACAUCGUAAUCCAUUUUGGAGUAGCACACCCAUGCCAGCAAUUUUUAAAGAGCCAAAUUUUUUUCUCUCAGGCCUCAGGUUUAAAACCAUUUUUAUUUUGGCACUCUCAGUAGGGAAAUACAAGUGAGUUUCUAUCAGUUUUUUGUGCUGAAAUUUGUUUUUUUUUUUUCCUAUUUUUUAAUAAUAAAUUUGAACGCAUGCCCCCAUAAAUUUUUUUUUUAGACUUUAGAUAUUACUACUGAGUCUCCCACCAAAUACUGAUUUUUAAUGUUUCCUCAAGGCCGUCAUGUCUCGACAUAUUGUUUGAGAGCAUCAGCAUUGUUAGUUCGUCCUCUAACAGUAACCGCAGCAGCCUCCUUAUCAGCGAGUUCAUCUCUAUCUUAGCUCAUCCUCAUAAUGAAAAAGUAAAUGUGUAUUGCUAAGUGAUCCAAUUUCAAUUUUUAUCGAAAUGAACAUACUUGUUGGAUCAAUUUAGAUGAUUUCAGGGUUCAGGAUCUUUGGGAAAGUUCUUGAAUAUACUUGCUUUUUUUUCUUUCUUAAUUUUCAAGUCUAUGAAUAUUCUUGAAUAUAAAGGAAUUGUCCUUUUGCUUUCAAAAGCUCUUGUAUUCAGGGUGUCUACUGGUCUGUAAAGUCCAGAUAUAGUACUGAUUUCUUAAAGACGGUCGGAAAGUACCAAAAAUGUAUGGAAAUUCCUCAAGAAGGUCCGUAUUCUUUUGCUUCAUAUCCUGCGAGUUUUAUAAAGCAGCUUGGAAAGUAUGCAAUUCCUCACGCAUUGAUGUUUAGUGCAGCAUUUCCCAGCUAGACAGUGAUUGUGCAGCCAGGUGAUUUUCAGGCCACCAAUGAGCUUUGAGUUUCUUCGCUGUGUUAUUAUUGUCGCGAUUCGCGAGUAAACUUUGAAAUCUUUUGGAUCUUAUCAUGAGAACGUACCUACUGAAAACAUACUGAAAUUUUUUGUUGGGGAGGUCUUGAAUUUUUUGCGGAAGUUGUGAAAAAAUGUUGAUUUUUUUACCAGCCACUUUGAAUUGACACCCUAGUAUUAUGUAGUGACCUUUUGUAACUUCAUGAAACAUGGUUCUUAAUUCUUCUUCUCUGUUUGCGAAAAAUAAUCUCCAAAAUGUUGAAAAUUAUCUGAUAAUCUUAUAAGUUCUCACAUGGACUUAGCUAAGUUCACCUCUUAUGUAAGCACCACUGGUUCUGAGAAAAUGAUUUGUUUUUUAAACACUGGCGGAGUAUGAUUUUUGAUCAUUUCUCAUUUACAACUUUACUUAAUCGUUCUGAAUAAAAGUUUUCUAAAGUUCUUCAAAAUGUUACUUUUGAUUUUGGAAAGCUGUCAUGAACCGGGAAUUCAAAGUAGAGUCAACUUUAAACAAAGCAAUACUCUCAGAGGUAUCAAUCCGUACAUUAAUGUGCAAUUGCAAAAUCACCAUGCUGUAAUGCCAUUUGGUGUCAGAAUUCUUUUCAAUCUCUUCUGCUCUUUCUGACCUUAAGAAUUUAUGCAUCUUUUCUACGGCUGUAGCCGUAGGUAUUUACGUAGCUAUGGACCUUGCUAAAUGCCUAAGGUGUAUCAAGAAGUGAGUAUCUUGCAGUUUGUUUUAUCUCAUAUUUUAAUUUCUACCAUGUGUGUAUUUUGAUCAAAUAUGGCUUACUCUUUUUUAUCUUCUUUCUUGUUCAAUUUUUUUGUAUUUCUCUGUAUGCUUACCUCUUACAACAUCCAGUUCAUUUAUGUCCUAACACUACCAGAUUUGCGCUUUCUGUGUAGUACAAGUGAACAAUAUCAUGCCUAAUCAAACUCGGAAAGUUAGCCAAGCCAAGUUGUGUUUGUUUGCCAAUUGUCCAGUCAAGAGGGCAAUUUUUAGAGCCCUUGAUGGAAAUCUUAAUGGUCUUGUCCAAUGAAUCAUUGUCUAAUUGAAUUAAAUUAUUGAUCUUGUUUACGCUCAGAUUAAUAUUCAUCCAUAUCCAUUAUAGUUAUAUUGAAACGGAUUUCCAGUUUCUAAACACUAACCCAUUUCAGCCUGAGGGGUUAAUCUUAAACUAAGACUCAACGCAAUUUGUCAUUCUCUGAAAAUGCCGGGUGCUGCAAGUAGGUGUUUUCUGUGUAGUAUAAUGUAUUUUUUAAGCUGUCAAAAAUCUGUAUUUGCGUUGCACCUGCAAUUAUGAUCUGUGCAGCUGUUAUCAAUGCAGGACUGCACGAAUUGUAAAUCUUGGCAGAGAUUUUGUGCGGUGAAAAAGUAUCACACUGGGACGAAAAGGUGUCAAAAAGGGACAUUUGACAAUAUAUUAUUGCUGAAUCUUCUCAAAACGUGGCAUAUAAGAUCAUUUUGGGACAAGGAAUCCAAUUUUAUGUUCAAUCUUUGGUUCAUAGUAAAGAUUCCGCAAAAGAAAUAUAGCUGCCAAGCCUCUCUUUGAAUCCAUUAGAUAAAUAGAUCAGCAUGAUCAUGGUGGAGAUUUAAUGCACACGUCAUUCGGCUUUUUUCUUUGAAAGGAAAUAAUUAAUCCUGAAAUGGGAUACUUCUUCAUCAAGAGAUCCCCCCCCCCCCACGCACACACGCACAACUUCCUCUUUUCUGUUGAUAAAACCAUAGCAAUGUUUGACUAGGGGAAUAAAUUUGUAUUUAUUUAUCUAUUUGUACAUGGAGCCUCUUCUUUGAAGGGCUAAAAUACGCGUCAGUAUAAAUACAUUUCAGCUAUUUACAUUUAUACUUCAGUGCAUGUAUACAUCACUCCAAAUUUAAACACCAAAAUUUGAACAGAAUUCGUGAACCUAUUAAAAUUUUCUAUACAGUUGUUCGUGAUAUCGUUAGAAAUUUUAAAUUCAAUGAAAUGUUUUCUCUUAAGAACUUACUGGAAAAACUCCUUCGUAGCAUAAUAUGGGUUUCCUCUGGGACCUCUUUUAAUGGGGUACCUCCUUUUCUUGUGUUCCCGAAACACUAGUUUCUUUACAUCUGCCAUUAGAAUAUUCCUCAAGUAAAUUGUUGAAACCUAUUGUGCUCUUAAUACAUUUCAUUUUUACUGUGAAUGUCCCAUUUCUGUAAUGGGCCUGUCCCAAUGUGCGUACCUACUGCGGGACCUAUAUUUUCGGACGCCAUCUUGGCUUUUUCGGCAAUGCGUGUCUUUAUAAGAGCUCAACUUCAUUUCAUAAUAUGCAAAUCUGGAUUUGUUCUUCAUGUGCUAGUAUUACACCAAAAAUCUGUAUAAAUUUUUGCCUACUGAA